AUGUCAUCGCCGGACAGUUUUCUCGCAUUGUUAGAAUCAAUACAAACAAAUUUAUUUCGAAUCGGUGGUCCAUUAUUAUUAGUAUGUGGUGUUGUCAGUUGUGUCAUCAACCUGAUUGUUUUCACUCAGAAAAAUCUGCGUAAAAGUCCAUGUUCCAUCUAUUUGGUAGCAGUGAAUAUCGUUAAUUUAUUAUACGUUACUUUACCAGUAUUAUUCCUUAUAUUAACAGUUGGUUAUGACAUAGAUCUUACUACAUCUAAUCUGUUCAUGUGCCGUUUCUAUUAUUAUACAUCGUAUUUAUUUGAGAUUCUUGGUCCAUUUUAUCUCAUCUUAGCUUCAAUCGAUCGAGUUUUAGUCACAUCAUCAAAUGUUGGAACACAACUAAAAAGUAGGCAUCGUUUAGCUUAUAUUUGUAUCGGUUGUGGAACAUUAUUUUGGAUAUUAUUUCAUUGUCAUGCAUUAUUCUUAGUAGAUAUACAAGAAAUAGCACCUGAUUAUUUUAUAUGUUACGCUCGAGCAGGAUCUUUUCUUGUUGAUAUUUCAUUUUGUGUUGGAUGUUAUGCAUAUUUACUUAUAUCAAAAACAUUUCGAAAAGAAGUGAAACGUUUAUUUUUUUGUUAA